AUGGGUGGGGAACUGGGUACUCCAGUUGCUGACGAGGAUCUUGCUUCCCUACAAGCCAAAUGUUCACGAAUGGCUCCUGUUGUGCAAAAGUACUGUGAGAAAAAAGCCUUGACAAAAGGAAAUGUGGCUCGAUGUGCUUCUUAUUUCAACGACUGCAAAAGAUUUUUCGGUGAAGCGGAUCCACUCUACGCUGUUGCCAAUUCCUUCAGUUCAGCGGUCAAUUUGAACUUUGCAACAAUCGGUGUGAAUGGAAUUCCUUACUAUCCAAUCAAUGAAGAAGGUGGAGUGGGUGUUGGCGUAACGUCGAAUAUUCCGUUCGGAUCCUGGGGUGGCGGAUAUUCGGGUUCCGUCGGAGUACGAGAUUACUGGUCACAAAAUAUGGAAGCUGGAGGGAACUGGUAUGAAGGGAAGUAUGGCUACAAAAAUGGAUGGUCCGUUCCAUUGGUGCAGUCAUUAGGCAUUGAAGGUGGACAACACAAUGUUGUAUCUGUUCCACUUGAUCGACGGAAUAUGGGUAAAAUCAUGGUCGACAAUGGAUACGGUGUUGGCGGCUACUAUGGCCAAAAUGAUCACGUUGGAAUCGACUGGAAGAGGGGCGAUGUGCAGCAUACGUUUGGUGUGAUGUCACCAUUCGUUGGAGCUGGUUUCAAUACUGGGCAAGCGGUCACGUUCCCAAGUCUCGAAACGUUUAUGAGAGCUGGUAGAAAAUAA